CUGCCGCCAUGGCCCAGACCCUGCAGAUGGAGAUCCCAAACUUUGGCAACAGUAUCCUCGAGUGCCUCAACGAACAGCGGCUGCAAGGCCUGUACUGUGACGUGUCUGUGGUGGUCAAGGGCCACGCCUUCAAGGCCCACCGGGCUGUGUUGGCUGCCAGCAGCUCCUACUUCCGGGACCUGUUCAACAGCAGCCGGAGCGCCGUGGUGGAGCUGCCGGCAGCCGUGCAGCCCCAGUCCUUCCAGCAGAUCCUCACGUUCUGCUACACGGGUCGGCUGAGCAUGAACAUGGGUGACCAGUUCCUGCUCAUAUACACAGCCGGCUUCCUGCAGAUCCAGGAAAUCAUGGAGAAGGGCACCGAGUUCUUCCUCAAGGUGAGCUCCCCGAGCUGCGACUCCCAGGGCCUGCACGCCGAAGAGGCCCCAUCAUCUGAGCCCCAGAGCCCUGUGGCACAAACAUCAGGCUGGCCAGCCUGCAGCACACCACUGCCCCUCGUGUCUCGGGUCAAAACAGAGCAGCAAGAGUCGGACUCUGUGCAGUGCACACCUGUGGCAAAGAGGCUGUGGGACAGCAGCCAGAAGGAGGCUGGGGGCAGCAGCAGUGGCAACGGCAGUCGCAAGAUGGCCAAGUUCUCCACGCCGGACCUGGCCACAAACCGGACGCCCCAGCCGGCCCCGGUGGUGGCAGCAGCAGUGGCAGCGGGGGGUGUGAUGAGCGGGCCCAGUACAUCAGAGCGGACAAGCCCCGGCACCUCCAGCGCCUACACCAGUGACAGCCCUGGCUCCUACCACAACGAGGAGGAUGAGGAGGAGGACGCGGGCGAGGAGGGCGCCGACGAGCAGUACCGGCAGAUCUGCAACAUGUACACCAUGUACAGCAUGAUGAAUGUCGGCCAGACGGCCGAGAAGGUGGAGGCCCUCCCGGAACAGGUGGCCCCAGAGUCCCGAAGUCGUAUUCGGGUACGGCAAGACCUGGCAUCUCUCCCAGCUGAGCUCAUCAACCAGAUAGGCAACCGUUGCCACCCCAAGCUCUACGAUGAGGGUGACCCCUCAGAGAAGCUGGAGCUGGUAACAGGUACCAAUGUGUACAUCACAAGGGCACAGCUCAUGAACUGCCACGUCAGCGCAGGCACUCGGCACAAGGUCCUGCUACGACGGCUUCUGGCCUCCUUCUUUGACCGGAACACUCUGGCCAACAGCUGUGGUACCGGCAUCCGUUCCUCCACCAAUGAUCCCAGACGCAAACCACUGGACAGUCGUGUUCUCCACGCCGUCAAGUACUACUGCCAGAACUUUGCCCCCAACUUCAAGGAGAGUGAGAUGAAUGCCAUUGCCGCUGACAUGUGCACCAACGCCCGCCGCGUGGUGCGCAAGAGCUGGAUGCCCAAGGCCAAGCCGAUGCUGGCAGAGGGUGACGCCUACACCACCUUCAUCAGUGACACAGGCAAGAUGGAGCCAGACAUGAUGAGCAUGGAACACGGCUUUGAGACAGCCAGCCACGACGGCGAGGCAGGCCCCUCUGCUGAGGUCCUCCAGUAACCCCACGGGACCCUCCCCAAGGGGCUGUCACACUCCCCCUUCCCGUCACACACCCGCCCACCAUCUUGGUCACGAGCUACUGUCUGUCCCUCCCCAGGACCCUUGGGGGGUGCUGCAUGCUCCCAGCCCCUCUGCCUCCCUGUCCCAUCCCCUUCCCCCAAUGCGAGCCAGGCUGGGGAGGAUGGGGCAGGUGGUGCCAGGGCCUGUUGCCUUCUUUAACACACUCAUGCAGUGGGGAGCACCUUGCUCCCCCUUCCUAACCCUUAGUAGUCAUUCCCUGCUCACCAGGCCUGGCACAGGGAAGGGGCCAGCCUGGGAGACCUGUGAAAGGUCCCUUUCCCAGGCCCUGGGCCACUUUGUCCCCUCACUGCAGCCCCUUGGGACUCAAGGGGGCCCUGGGGGCUCUCAGGACCCCUCCUACCACCUCCCAGUGCUUCCAAGUCUCCAAAAGCGCCUUCCUGUCUCCCUCGUCUGUCCCUGUACCUGGGGGCUAGGAUAGGCGAGGCUUAGAGGGACUGUCCACUUUACAGCUGAGGAAAUGGGGCCCAGAGAAGGCUCAGAAAUCCCAAGACUGAACUAAGGGCAGGGGCCAGUGGUGGCCCAGUGCCCCUCCCUCCCACCACCCUGUGCUCAGUCUCUGUUGCCCCUGCCAGUCCCCUGGGCCUGAGAGAGGCUGGUCCUAAGUGAGGGAGUUCUUGGGGGCAGAGGGAGGGUCUCAGAGGACAGGAUAGCUCUCCGGGGCUCGCAGAGCGUGUGGGUGUGCAUGUGUGCGUGUGUGUAGGUUUGCUUUCAAAAACUAGUGAAAACACAAGAGGCGGUAAGACCAGGGUUCCAACCCAGGGGAUCAGGCUGGGGGGGCUACUGCCCACUCCCCCACCCCCCCUACCCCGCCCCACAGCAGGGCUCCCAGCCCCACCUCCUGUACAUACUUUUUAAAACAUUUUUUUAGCGAAUGAAAUAUUGAAGUAUAAGAUUUCCUUUUAUUUUUCAAACCAACGGGACUGUGUCUGAGGUCCCCCUCAUUCCCCGGGGGGCUGUGGAAGGCAGGUUGGGGGUGCUGGGUCAGGCUGAAUGUGUGGGUGCAUGGAGUGUGGGUGUGGUUCCAUGGUGGGUCCCUAGUCUCAGCCAUCACCUGGGCUCCUGGGGUCCAACCAGCUUCCCCCUCACUCCCCACCCAGACGACAGCUAAAGGAUGUCCCGGGCCUUGGCUGGGUGGCCAGGCAGGCAGGGCAGGCAGGGCAGGGCCCACAUUCAUUGUUAGCAGUCAUUUGUGAAAUUCUCUCACCAUUCCUCUUUUUACUUCGCCUAGAGGUAGUGUUUGGUUUUUUUGAGUUUUACAUGUGAACCCGGGGUCCCCAACACAGACACAUCAUCAUUUCGCCAUCUCAGCUUGCUUUUGCCCUGUCCUUCUCUCCUCCUCCUCCUCCCAAACUCCUGCCUGCCCCUAGCUCCCAGCCACUUCUCUCCCGCAGGCAGGGGAUUGCAGGAGGUCGGGUGGGGGCCAGCCAGGGUUGGAACCUUGGAAUCUGAUUUGGAGACCUUCACCCCCAACCCAGCAGCAUGCCCCCCUAGCCUGUAGGGGGUCCCUCCAGAUAUCUGCUUGUUGCAGGGAUGGGGGUUGUCAGAUGUGUCAGGUCUGGCUGGGGUCCCGACACUCUGCUUUCCUGGCCUAUCCCCAGCACCUUAGCCUCUGGUGGCCCAAGUGUGUGGGGGGAGUCGACACCCCCAGCUAAAGCACAAGCACCUUAGUCGCACCCCCACUCCCCCCACCCUCCCCUGGCCUGAUGCCCCACCCCAGCGUUGAUCCCAAAGCACAAUAUCCUGGUCACUUGGCAAGUAGCUGGGCCCAGCCAAGGUGAGGGGCAGGUGGGGACUCCAGUCAGCUCCCCUCCUUCCAGGCCUUAGUGAGGGGGCAGCUCUCUGGGACUAGGGUCUUCUCCCAACCCGCUCCUUCUCUGAGCCCCGCAGCACUGGGUUGGGUGGCAGGGCCCACUUGUUUCAGGGACCCCAGGAGGUGCUCCUGGCUCCCGGGACUGUGAGGGUGUCUAGGGGUUAGGGGUGGGAAGAGGGGUCUGGGCAGGGGGUGCAGGGGAGGAAACUCCUCACUAGGAGAGCCAAAGACAGGGUUGUGCCUUACCCCAGGAGCCACCCCUGCAUCUCCCUGCCCUGGCGGCCAGCUGCUUUCCCCUCCCCUCUCCUCCCCUCUCCUCUCCUCCCCUGCCCUGAGCUGCAUGGUCCCCCAACCCUGGGCAGCCAGGAAGAAAUACAAGUGGAGAAUCAUCCACCUACCAGAUUAAAAAAAAAAAAAAAAAAUAGGGCCCUCCCCCAACUCCACUGGCCGUCUACUCACCCACGCCUCUUUCACAGGGGACAGACCACGGGUCUGCCCACCCUGUCCUGCGUGAAGUGCCAACGCCCUCCCUGCCCUGGGCCUAGCCCCCGCCCCUCCCCGGCCCUAAGUGAGAUUGCACAUUAACUACUGUAAGGAGAGGAGCGGCGUUGGGAAAUGUGAACCAUGAAAAUAUCAGUGAUGCUGAUGAGGAGAAUAAACUGAACGCCUUUGUAACA